AUGUCUACCUUGUGGGGUGAAUUUGAUAGUCCAGAAAUUUCUAAUGAAGAAGUAAUACCAGCCGAAAUCGUUAAACUUUUUAUUAUGAAAGCAAUGCAGCCAGACGGUCUUAGAACUCCUCUUUCACUGCCUCCAAAACCAGCCGAAGUAAAAAAGGAAGCAGUAUCUGAAACGUUGGGUUUAGAAAUGGAUGACAGAGUUAUUCAUAGUAUCAAACUUAUUAAACAUGCUAAAGAAAUGUCUCAAUUAAUUGAAGCUGCCAAAGAACAAACGGAAUUAAUGUCAGACACACAAAUUCAAAAUUUUCCUCCAGCUUUAGAUAUCCCAGUUCACCCAAUUAAGCCUCCUACAUAUAAGUUAAAUUUGCCAAUUCAAUACAUGGAUAAAGAGUUUAGCUUAGAACAAGAAGCUCAGUUAAGUUUACAUCUAUUUUUUUUAAAAUUAUCAUUAUUAUUAUUCAUUUUUACUAAUUUUUUAUUUGUCUUUAAUAGUUUACAAGCGACAGAUUUACAUGAAGAAGAAAUAAAUAGCAUUUCAGAUUCACCGACUCAAGAGGGAGAAGUAUUUCAAAGUCAUUUUAUAAGUAAAAAAAGGAAAAAAAUAUAA